GGAUGUCCAACCCACGCUAAUGUGUUUACAGACUGAUUUACCUUGAAUAUCCUCCAUGAUGGCUCAAAUGGCCAUGAUUCCCUCCGUGGGUGACACAAUGCAGCAGUCGACGGAAGAUCUGGUGGAUGCGGAAGUGAAAAAUAUCCUGAACCAGGAGGCUCUUGAGGAGGGGUUCUGGGACAUCCUUGCUCACUCACCAGAGACAAAAAAGUGGAAGAAGGAGUAUGCCCUUGAUAGCCUCAAACAGCUCUGGUCUUCUCUACCUGCUGACAAUCACGAGAUAGCUAUGAAGUGCUACGUGAGCUGGGUGUACAGACAGAGGAACAGCCAGAGGUCACAGCUAUUGUUUGACCUGCUGGAGGGACUGGUGAGAGACAGCACAGUUUCUCCCAAACUUAUUUGUGAGACAUUACUGAACAGUGAAAGUUUGGAUUAUAAUCGUGGGUCUGUGUGGUGUGAGACAUUUCAGCUGAUCAAGAAGGUUCUAGGUGGUGUGGACUACAAGGGCUGUCGAGAUUUACUGCGACUGAUCCUGGAGAAGUGUCAGAUGAUCCCAAACUCUGAGAAUGUUGCUACUCUCCCACAGAUUGAUGCUGUCAUCAGUGUUGUGGGAUACAUUCUGGAUAGGAAUGCCUGCCUGCUGCCUAGUUAUUUCGCAGUCAAUGAAAUCUCUAAAGUCUGUGCCGAUGAUAAGUCCUGGCCUCACUGGAAAAUGGGUCGGCUGUUGUCUGACUUUGUACAGGGGUUCCGCCCUGCUGCUCAGAUGGUCUCAAUUAUAGGCAGAUCCCAUCUGAUGCCCAUUGUGGGCCACUCCUUAUCCACAGGAAAUGUGUGGAGGUUGAAUCAGAACACCCUGAAGUUCAACCUCAGUGGACCACUUCCCUAUAACAAGGAAUAUCAGGAGCCGCAAACAGCGUUGUUGAGGUAUGUUCUGGAGCAGCCAUACUCGCGAGACAUGAUCUGUAGCAUGCUGGGACUGAACAAACAGGCCAAACAGCGGUGCCCAGUCCUGGAGGAUCAACUGGUAGACAUGGUUGUCUUGGCGAUGGAGAGAUCGGAACAUGAUGAGAUCACAGGAGAUGAUGACAGUCAGUUGCUAUGGCAACAUAUCUCUAGCCAGCUCAUCUUCUUCGUCCUGUUUCAGUUUGCCAGCUUUCCACACAUGGUUAUGUCCCUUAAUGAAAAGCUAAAAGGUCGAAAUCUGAAGAAGGGCCGGAAUCACCUGAUGUGGGUUCUCUUACAGUUUAUCUCUGGCAGUAUACAGAAAAACCCGCUGGCGGAUUUCCUGCCUGUGAUGAAGCUGUACGACCUCCUGUACUCAGACAUUGAAGUCCUGCCCGUGCCUGACGUCAACAAGUCGGUGUCAACCCAUGAUAUGGCCAUCACCUGUAUCUGGAUACACCUCAACAAGAAGGCACAGUCAGACAAAGUGAGGCUACAAAGACCUAUCCCAACAGUGCUCAGUGAGCACAUAGAAUUUCUGAAUCAGAACACAGCCUUGACAAUGAAUAACUACAGAAUAGCUCUUAUCUGCAAUGCUUACAGUACCAACACAGAAUAUUUCAACUUGCCCAUGUCCAUAUUGGUGGAGAGUAUCAAUGGUAACAACAAAAACAAGACAUUAUUGCCAGGUGGCCUGGAGGCGUCUGCACCUACACAGCCCCUCCCCAUGAGCCUCCUGGACUCGCUGACAGUACAUGCCAAAAUGAGCUUAAUUCACAGUAUUGUAACAAAGGUGAUCCGCCUUGCUGGUAACCGUGGGUCCGUGGCUUUAGCCCCCGCCCUGGUGGAGACUUACAGCCGUCUGCUAGUGUACAUAGAGAUAGAGUCCCUGGGGAUCAAGGGCUUCAUCAGCCAGUUGUUACCAAAUGUGUUCAAGAGUCAGGCUUGGGGGAUCUUACACACCUUACUAGAGAUGUUCAGCUACAGACUCCACCACAUACAACCUCAUUACAGAGUACAGCUGCUGAGUUACCUUCAUUCCCUGGCCUCUGUACCUCACACAAACCACAACCAGCUUCACCUGUGCAUGGAGAGUACAGCAUUGAGACUGAUCACAGGCCUGGGAAGCUCAGAGGUACAACCGCAGUUGUCACGGAACUUUAAUGAGCCGAAGUGUCCGCCGUUCGUAUCCCAGGAGUCUGAGGAGUUGAACAGAGCCCUGGUUCUGACUCUGGCACAGGCCAUGCAUGUUACAGGUUCGGAGACAUUCACAUCUAACUGGUGUAAGGAUAUCCUGGUGAACAUCAUGCAUAACACACCCCACAACUGGUCCUCCCACACCCUGGAGUGCUUUCCCCCCAGCCUCGCCGAGUUCUUCCACAAGAGUUCCCUGCCCAAGGAAGACAAAUCCCACCUGAAGAGGAACGUAGACACAGAGUACAAGAAAUGGAAGACCAUGGCCAAUGAGAGUGAUAUCAUAGCCCACUUCUCCAUGCAAGGGACACAACCUCUGUUUUUGUGCAUCUUAUGGAAAAACCUAUUAGAUGACAACCGUAUUCCCCCCACAGCUUACAAAGUGCUGGACAGACUGGGUCCUCGUCUUCUUUCUCUACACCUGAGGACAUUUGCGGAUUACCUGGUACAGGAGUUCUCCUCCUCAGCAGCCACACAGCUUGUCAACAGGAUGGUUGGAGCCCUGAAUGACCUGGUGUGGAAAUGUAAUGUGGUCACCAUAGAAAGAUUGAUCCUCUGCUUGGCACUGAGGAAUCUCGAGGGGAAUGAAGCACAGGUCUCCUUCUUCAUCAUACAGCUGUUGCUGAUGCGUCCCCCGGACUUCAAGAUGAGACUGACAGACUUCAUCAGAGAGAAUUCUCCUGAGCACUGGCUGCAGAACAACUGGCAUGAGAAGCACAUGGCAUUCCACAGAAAGUACAGUGAGAAUUUCUACUACGAGGGCUCCCAAGACGCCAACAGUCCCAACCAGCAUCCGUACCUGCCGGUGUAUUUUGGCAAUGUCUGCCUCAGGUUUCUGCCCGUUCUGGAUAUUGUCAUUCAUCGAUUCCUGGAGUUACCACCUGUGGGGAAGUCCCUGGAGAAGAUUCUGGAACACCUAGGAGGACUGUACAAGUUCCAUGACCGCCCCAUCACCUACUUGUACAAUACUCUACAUUACUAUGAGAGGAAGUUAGCAUCAAGGCCUGCACUUAAGAGGAAGCUGGUGCACUCUAUUACAGGUGCUCUGAAGGACAUCAGACCAGCUAAUUGGUGUCUAUCAGAAGACUAUCAGAAGUAUCUACAGGAGCCAAUUGAGGAGAGCAAAUGGCUGCCCACCUCUGAGUACUAUGUCAAGCUACUGGGCAGACUUGUGGAUACCUUGUCAGGUAAAUCCCCACCCCCAUUCCCCAACUGUGACUGGAGGUUUAACGAGUUCCCGAACCCUGCAGCACAUGCUCUCCACGCCACCUGUGUGGAGCUGAUGGCACUUCCUGUGCCUAGCCAGAGUGUGGGGGGUGCACUGCUUGAUGUCAUCUUUAAAUGUGGCACUCAGCUGCCUAGAGACAAAAUCAUGUCCUGGAUGAACGCAGUGGGCCUCGUCCUUACCGCUCUUCCUGACACAUAUUGGCAGGUGCUGAACGAGCGCAUAGUGGAGGUGAUGCAGUGUCAGAUUUUCAGCCAGUCCAUGACAAACAUCAGCCCGUUUCAGCUGUUUGACUUCUCCGUCUGUCACUCAGUCUUUGCAGAGAUGCAUCUGACGUACAUGUUGGCCCUGUCACAUGCGGUUUGGCACCAUGCCAGCAUUGGUCAACUCACACUCAUUCCUCAAUUUAUGAAAGAGAGGCUGAAGCCAAUAAUAAAGACAGAGGAGCAGUUUCUCUACCUGUGCCACCUUGUUGGACCCUUCUUACAGCGCUUCCAUGCAGAGAGGACGCGCUGUCUUCUAGAGCUGACUGUGGAGCUGUAUGAGAUUCUGGAAAUCAUAGACAGGUCAUGUGAUCACUUGAGAUACAUUGACCCCAUCACAGAUUUCCUCUAUCACAUCAAAUAUAUCUUUGUUGGGGAUGGUGUCAAGUCAGAAGUUGGAAAAGUCAUCAUGAAUUUACGACCAGCUCUCAAGUAUCGCUUACGAUUCAUCUCUCAUAUAAAUGUGGAUGAACCUUUAUCAGCCUGAAGAAUUCCUCACAUAAAUGUGCAUCAGCCUGAAGAAUUCCUCACACAAAUGUGCAUCAGCCUGAAGAAUUUCUCACAUGAAUGUGCAUCAGCCUGAAGAAUUCCUCACAUAAAUGUGCGUCAGCCUGAAGAAUUCCUCACAUAAAUGUGCAUCAGCCUGAAGAAUUCCAUGUAAUUGUGGAUGAACCUUUAUCAGCCUGAAGAAUUCCUCACAUAAAUGUGCAUCAGCCUGAAGAAUUCCUCACAUAAAUGUGCAUCAGCCUGAAGAACUCCUCACAUAAAUGUGCAUCAGCCUAAAGAAUUCCUCACAUAAGUGUGCAUCAGCCUGAAGAAUUCCAUGUAAUUGUGGAUGAACCUUUAUCAGCGUGAAGAGUUCCUUGCAUAAAUAAAUAUAAAUCUAGGUUGAAGAAUUUACCAAAUAAUUGUGAAUGAACCUGCAUCAGCAUGAAGAAUUUCUCACAUGAAUAUGGACAAAUCUUCAGCAGAAUCAAGAAUUCCUCAUGUAAUUGAGGAUGAACCUGCAUCAGCAUGAAGAAUUUCUCACAUGAAUAUGGACAAAUCUUCAGCAGAAUCAAGAAUUCCUCAUGUAAUUGAGGAUAAACCUGCAUCAGCAUGAAGAAUUUCUCACAUGAAUAUGGACAAAUCUUCAGCAGAAUCAAGAAUUCCUCAUGUAAUUGAGGAUGAACCUGCAUCAGCAUGAAGAAUUUCUCACAUAAAUAUGGACAAAUCUUCAGCAGAAUCAAGAAUUCCUCAUGUAAUUGAGGAUGAACCUGCAUCAGCAUGAAGAAUUUCUCACAUGAAUAUGGACAAAUCUUCAGCAGAAUCAAGAAUUCCUCAUGUAAUUGAGGAUGAACCUGCAUCAGCAUGAAGAAUUUCUCACAUGAAUAUGGACAAAUCUUCAGCAGAAUCAAGAAUUCCUCAUGUAAUUGAGGAUGAACCUGCAUCAGCAUGAAGAAUUUCUCACAUGAAUAUGGACAAAUCUUCAGCAGAAUCAAGAAUUCCUCAUGUAAUUGAGGAUGAACCUGCAUCAGCAUGAAGAAUUUCUCACAUGAAUAUGGACAAAU